AUUUGGACGCAUUUUUAGCGAAAGAAUUGAAUGAGAAAAUCAAAUUUAAUUUCAAUUUAUUUCAACUAAAAUUGUUCAAAUUAUAUUCACUCUCCAAAAAGUAAUCAUUAGAAUUUGAUAGUGCAUUAGCAUAGCAUAACUACUGAUCGUAUUAUAUUUCUCUAUUUCGAUCAUGAGCAUGAAAUACUUGUGUGUUUUAUUAUUAUUGAGUGUCAGUGUGAGAGCCGCACCAACUCAAGAUGAUGUAGAUCAUCAAGUUAAAGAAACGCCAAUUAAUCCUUGCCUUCCCAGUCCUUGUGGCGCGAACUCAAUUUGUCAUGGAAAAAACGACACAGCUUCGUGUGAAUGUUUACCAGAGUAUUCCGGUAAUCCGUAUGAAGGCUGCAGAUUAGAGUGUGAAUUGAGUAUUCAUUGUGAUGCCAAUUUAGCUUGCAUUCGCAAAAAAUGCGUUGAUCCCUGUCUAGGAGUUUGUGGCUCUAAUGCUGACUGUCAAGUUGUAAAACAUACGCCAAAUUGCGUCUGUAGACCUGGCUUCACAGGAGACUCUUAUCGAUACUGUUCUCCAAUUGAUGGAUACGAUGAACAUCUCGACAAAGUUAAAAAAGAUAAUUGCCAUCCAUCACCUUGUGCGCAAAACGCCCAAUGUAAUAAUGGAGUGUGUUCGUGUCUUCCGGGCAUGCAAGGCGAUCCAUACACUCUGUGCAAACAUGAGUGUUACCUCAAUAGUGAUUGUCUGAGAGACAAUGCUUGCAUUCGAAAUAAAUGUGUAAAUCCUUGUGAAAGUACAAGAUGUGCAGAGAACGCAAAUUGUUAUGUUUAUAAUCACCUUCCAGUAUGCGUCUGCCCAAGUGGAACGGAAGGAAACCCAUAUCAACAUUGUACAAAAAUUGGUCAAAAUGAGCCGCUACCUCCUGUAGUAAUCGGUGGAUGUCGUCAAUAUCCUUGCGGAAACAACAGUCUGUGUACAAAGAGUAAUGUUGAUUCCACAGCUCAGUCACCACUAAAAGAUGAUUACUUGGACUCGUGUUUGAGAGAUCCAUGUGGCCCAUAUUCUGAAUGUCGUCCAAAUGGUGAUUGUUACAUAUGCAAUUGUUUACCUGACUUCAUUGGCCAGCCACCAAAUUGUAAACCUGAAUGUGUCCUCUCCGCCGAUUGCGGGUUACAAGAGGCUUGUGUAAAUAGAAAAUGCGUCGAUCCUUGCACAUUGGAUGUCUGCGGAACGAAUGCUGAAUGUAAGGUUAAAAAGCAUACUCCAAGCUGUAGAUGCGGUAAUGGAUUUAGUGGAGAUCCAUUCAUCAGUUGUAAUCCAAUACCACCACCCCAAGAUGAAAUUCCAGUAGAUAAAUCCAAUCCUAUACCUUGUGCGCAAAACGCAGAACGCAUUGAUGGAAUUUGUACAUGCUUGCAUGGUUUGCAAGGCGAUCCAUACGAUACUUGUUCACCAGAGACCACAAUACUGCCUGAUUAAUAAUUAUUACUUUCUAUUUAUGAUUUAAGCUCAAAUUACGUGUACACAUGAAUCGUUGCGCGGAAUAAUAAAUACAAUAAAUAAAUUAUGUGGAAAAGA